AUGGCUCCUCAGAUUGCAUGGAUUGGCCUCGGCAACAUGGGCCGCGAUAUGGUGAAGAACAUUGUCGAAAAGGGCAAUCUUUCCAACCCCAUCAUCCUCUUCAACCGCACUCAAUCUCGUGCUGAUCAGCUCGCUUCGAGUCUCGGAUCUGGCAAGGCCAAGGUUGCCUCUAGCAUUGAAGAGGCGGUCAACGCUUCGGACAUCAUCUUCACUUGCGUGGGAGACGACAAGGCAAUCGAAGAUACCAUCGACUCUGCUCUGAAGGGAGACGCAAGGGGCAAACUGUUUGUGGAUUGCUCGACUGUUCAUCCCGACACUACAGACAAGCUCGCAAAGAUCAUCAAUAACGAGGGUGCCGAGUUUGUGGCUUGCCCUGUCUUUGGUGCUCCUGCCAUGGCAGAUGCAGGUCAACUUGUAUGCGUGCUUGCUGGUCCUGCGGAUGCAGUCGACAAGGUCAAGCCUUAUACCACCGGUGUCAUGGGUCGUGCCGUCAUUGAUUACUCUGGCGAACCCCACGGUUCUGCUACAAGACUAAAGAUCAUUGGAAACACGUUCAUCCUCAACAUGGUCGAGACUCUUUCCGAAGGCCACACGCUUGCUGAAAAGUCGGGUCUUGGUUCGGACAGACUUCAUCAAUUCGUCGAGACAAUGUUCCCUGGCCCUUACACUGCAUACAGCAACCGCUUGCGCCAGGGCGACUACUACAAGCGUGAGGAGCCACUCUUUGCCGUUGACCUUGCAAGAAAGGAUGCCGGACAUGCUUUAGCUUUGGCCAAGACCCACGGUGUUAAGAUGAGGGAUGUCGAGGUUGCCGACCAGCAUCUCGCACAGGUUCAAAAGCACAUGGGUAGCAAAGGCGAUAUCGCUGGUAUCUACGGCGCUGUUAGACAAGAGGCAGACCUCGAGUUCGAGAACUAG